GUUUAUAAUCUUAAGUUGGAAGGUGAAUAAGAAUUUGAUCAUCUAUUAUUAAAAUGGCAGAACCAUCUAAAAUGGAGAAUGAUAUGAAAGCCAAGGCGAAGAAGGCGAUGAAAAAUGCCAGUGACCCGGUUCAGAAAUUAAAAUAUUCUUUUCUAGCUAGAGGAGGGGCUGGUAUGAAAAAUCUCUCCAGAUGGAUUAGAAGAGUAGAUGAUAACGGGAAUCAGAAACUAAGUUUAGAAGAGUUUGAAGAAGGAUUAAGAGAUCAAGGGAUGAAAGAUUUAAACAAGGAAGAGAUGAGAGAAGUAUUUAAUAGAUUUGAUAAAGAUGGAAGUGGACAGGUCAACGUUACAGAAUUUUUACUCAUGAUGCAGCCCAAAAUGUCUGAUAGAAGAAUGCGACUGGUAAAAGCAGCUUUUGAUAAAUUAAACACAGACAGAGGUGAUAAAAUAAUUACUACUGGAGAUUUAGAAACAGUCUACGAUUAUUCCAAACAUCCUAAAUAUGUAAACGGUGACUGGAAUGGUAAAAGAUGUCUGCGAGAAUUCCUGGAUUCUUUUGAUGAUAAAAACCAGCCUGAUGGAAAGGUAACAUUUGAAGAAUUUCGUGCCUAUUAUGCUGCUAUAAGUUGUGGAAUUGAUAAAGAUGCCUAUUUUGAUCUGAUGAUGAGACAGGCGUGGGGAAUCGAGGCCGUGUAAAUUUUUACAGUUUGAUGGUCCGAGAAUUGUUUUGCUUUGUAUAUAAAUUUUUCUGAUAUUUUUUAACAGUGAAUAUUACAAAUUUGAAGACUGAAUAUUUCUUUUAUGAAACGACCGCGUAUUUCUAACAGUAAAUUUUACAGUGUAUCGUCAUCUCAAUCUCAAAAUGUCAAGCGACUAAAUAUUAUUGAUUUUGACUGGAAUUCUUGUAAGUUUUAAUAUAUUGAUUGGUGUUAGGGUGUAUUGAGGCGAGUCUCAAUGAAAGCACUAGAUUGGUAUGAGAGAUCCUAUUUUACGCUACAAUUUUAAAAUUGAAUAUUGCCGUUAUAUAUUAUCAUUUGGUUGUCAGAAACAAUGUGUAGUGUAUUUUACAGUAAAAUGUUACAGUGUAGCUUACUGUCUCCGCUUAUAAACAAAAUAAAUAAGGAAGUGAAAAAUAUAUUUAAAAAUAAAUGAUUGGCUUCAUAGAUUUCAUUCUGAAAAAAAAAAACUAAUAUAUUUUAAUGUUUUAUUAUAUUUGUGUGUUUUAUUAUAUUGGAGUGUUUUAGAGG